CGGCACAAAGUUGCCGGUGCACGGCGACAGCAAGGUGUCCCCAAGCCGCCGCCUCGCGUCCGCCGGUGCUGCUUUCUGGGUCGCCUUUGGGACCCCGAAGUUUGCAGACAGGGUGAUGGGGAGAUGCUAGUUCCUGUUACUAUGGCAAUGACAGCAGGGGCAGCAACUGCCUUUCCUAUGAGCAACCAUACCCGGGAAAGAGUGACUGUGGCCAAGCUCACACUGGAGAACUUUUACAGCAAUCUAAUUCUGCAGCAUGAAGAAAGAGAAACCAGGCAGAAGAAGUUAGAAGUGGCCAUGGAAGAAGAAGGACUGGCAGAUGAGGAGAAAAAGUUACGGCGAUCACAGCAUGCUCGUAAAGAAACAGAGUUCUUACGACUCAAGAGGACCAGACUUGGCCUGGAUGACUUUGAGUCCCUGAAGGUCAUAGGAAGGGGAGCUUUCGGAGAGGUGCGGCUGGUCCAGAAGAAGGACACGGGGCACAUCUACGCCAUGAAGAUCCUCAGGAAAGCUGACAUGCUGGAGAAAGAACAGGUGGCUCAUAUUCGUGCAGAAAGAGACAUUUUAGUGGAAGCAGAUGGCGCCUGGGUGGUGAAGAUGUUCUACAGCUUUCAGGACAAGCGGAACCUCUAUCUGAUCAUGGAGUUCCUUCCCGGAGGUGACAUGAUGACGUUGCUGAUGAAGAAGGACACCUUGACAGAGGAGGAGACACAGUUCUACAUCUCAGAGACGGUCUUGGCGAUCGAUGCCAUCCACCAGCUGGGCUUCAUCCACCGGGACAUCAAGCCAGACAACCUUUUACUGGACGCCAAGGGACAUGUAAAAUUAUCAGAUUUUGGGUUGUGCACGGGGUUAAAGAAAGCUCACAGGACUGAAUUCUACAGAAACCUCUCACACAACCCGCCAAGCGACUUCUCUUUUCAGAACAUGAACUCGAAGCGGAAAGCAGAGACCUGGAAGAAGAACAGGAGGCAGCUGGCCUACUCCACAGUCGGGACGCCAGACUACAUCGCUCCAGAAGUGUUCAUGCAGACUGGCUACAACAAGCUGUGUGACUGGUGGUCCUUGGGGGUGAUUAUGUAUGAGAUGCUAAUAGGCUUUCCACCAUUCUGCUCUGAGACACCUCAAGAAACAUACAGAAAAGUUAUGAGCUGGAAGGAGACGCUGGCGUUUCCUCCAGAAGUGCCCGUGUCUGAGAAAGCCAAGGACUUGAUUCUCAGGUUCUGUACGGACUCUGAGAGCAGAAUUGGGAACGGAGGUGUAGAAGAGAUCAAAGGCCACCCCUUCUUUGAAGGCGUAGACUGGGGGCACAUCAGGGAGAGGCCGGCGGCCAUCCCUAUAGAGAUCAGGAGCAUCGACGACACCUCCAACUUCGAUGACUUCCCUGAGUCUGAUAUCUUACAGCCGGUGCCGAAUACCACAGAGCCCGACUACAAAUCCAAAGACUGGGUGUUUCUCAACUACACCUACAAAAGGUUUGAAGGGCUGACUCAGCGCGGCUCCAUCCCCACGUACAUGAAAGCUGGGAAGUUAUGAAUGACAGCAGUCCCCAGCCGAGAGAGCUCAGGUAGCCGCAUUCCUAGGCUCCAGGCCAGAGGAGCUUCUGCAGCACACGUGGGGUUCCGAGGCCGCUGCUUUUUUUUUUUUUUUUUUUUUUUUUUUUUUUUUUUUAGGAUUUUACUAUUUGAAUUAACUUUAUUAUACAAAGGUACUGGGACAAAGGAGCAGACAUUCCCUCCUAUCUGCGUCGCCUCCGUGCACGCUGAGGUCCACUCUGCCCAGGCGCUCCCGACUGCAACACUAAUCCAGCCAGACCUGCGUAGCCUGAUGGCCGAGGCGGCCUGAGCCGCUCCUGGUGUCCUGCUUCUCUGCAA